AUGAUCGACAACGAGGACAACAUCUCGCUGCGGCCGCUGUCGCUGCGGCCGGGCGGCGCCGGCAAUCCCUUCGCCCAGUUCUCCAAGGGCGCCGGCUUCGACAUUCGGCGAAAGGUGAAGGAUGACCCCUGGGAGGACAAGCCGGCGCGGAAACCCGAGGAGCGGAUCCGAUACAGCCGGAAGUUCCUCGAGGGCCUGCGGGAGGGAAACACGGGUCUGCCAGACAACGUGCCCACCUACCUGCCAUGCUUCACGGCUGGAGAACGCAGCGUGUUCAUGUUCAACCGCACGUUCCAACAGGCGUCUACCUCCGACUCCGUGGACGACAGGGACUGGACGGCGAGGAAGGCGCAGUUCCCCACGCCGCCCCCCAACAUGGGCGGCCGCGCGGGCGGACAGCCCGUGUCCAAGCAGCAGUAUGCGAAGGUCUCCACCCUGAACAAGGCAUCGGAACAAGGCCGAGAGGCAUACAGGCCCAUUGGAGCACAGAGCACUAGCUCGCAGUCCACUGACGAAGAAGCCAAGACGGUCCGCACGAUCAAGGGCAUCCUUAACAAACUUACCCCUGAUAACUUCGAGCGGCUGCAGUCCCAACUGGUGGCGCUGGUGGCCACUGCUGAAAUCCUGCGGCAGACCAUCUCCCUGGUGUUUGAGAUGGCGGUGAACCAGCCCACCUUCUGCGCUCUGUACGCUCAGCUGGGAGAGAAGCUGGCUGCUCAGCUGUCGGACUUUCCACCUGCAGAGGGGGAGGACAAGCCCAUGACCUUCCGCAGGAUAUUGCUCAACACAUGCCAGGAUGAAUUUGAGGGGACGUCGGAGUUCAGGGAGAGAUUAGCAGCCGCCAGCGAAUCAGAGCGCGAAGCGCAGGAGCGGGCGCUCAAGAACAGGACCUUGGGGAACGUACGCCUAAUCUCUGAGCUCUACAAGAAGGGCUUGGUGAUGGAGAAGAUCAUGCACGCAUGCCUAGGGGAGCUCCUGAAGACGGAGAACGAUGCAGAAACACCGGCAGAGGAUAACCUGGAGGCCACCUGUGAGGUGUUGACUCUGGCUGGAAAGAAGCUGGCAGCCUCUCAGAGGUUUGCAAAGCACCUGCCGGCAUACAUGGUCCGGCUGGAGAGAUACUCGAACAGCCCCACCCUCUCCUCACGCAUCCGCUUCAUGAUCCGUGACAUCCUUGACAUGAAGAACAACAACUGGCAGCCAAGGCGGGAGCGAUUCACAGCAAAGAAGAUCGACGAAAUCCGCACAGAGGCACAGAAGGACCUUGGGGUGACGAUCAGACUCCCCCAGACCCGCCCACAGUCACAGGCAAGGCCAGCUGUUGUCACACCAGCCGACGACUCUGAGCUGUUCCCUGCGCCACAGAAGUACGCGGACGACGACUGGAAGGCCGUUACAAGAAAGUUCAACAGGGGCGCUGCUGCUGCUGCUGCACCAGCAGUGGCUGGGCCUGCAGCGAUGAGCCCACCCGCAUCUGCCAAGCCUUUGCAAUCGGCGGACAAGGCGCAGGCGAGGCCGGCCCCCUCCAAGAAGUUCACCCCCGAGGAGCGUGUCAAGAAGGCCAAGUCCAUGUACAGCGAGUACCUGUCUGCGGCCGACAAGUCCGAGGCACUGCGCUGCGCAUCAGAGAUCGCCACCCCGGAGGGCAUCGUCAGCCUUCUAGAGGUGGGCAUCAACCAGAUGCUGGAGUCCGUCCCGGAGCGGGACCAGAAGAUGCUGGCGCGCCUGAUGGUGGACAUGUGCAAGGAGGGGGUGUACGCUGCGGACGAGCUGCUCUCGGGCCUCAAGGCCACCACAGACCAGCUGGACGACCUCAGCUUGGACAUUCCCAAGGCACCAGCGAUGUGUGGCGACCUGCUUGGAUAUGCUUUGGCUCAGAACGUGUGGGAUGUGGACGUCCUGCCUACCCUGUGCAAGGGCAUCGCCUCUGCGGAGUUCAGGCGCCCCUUGUCCUCCGCCGCCCUCCAAGGCGUCGCGGUGGCCACCAGCACGGAUGACCUGAAGCUGCGGUGCAUGGCCAAGGGUCUCAAGGCGUCGUCCUUUCUGGAGCCCCUGGCCGACUACGACCCGCCGGGCAUGCCGUCCGUGGAGGAUUUCCUCAAGGCGUCCAACCUGUCGAUGGUGCCGCUGUGA